AUGUCACCGUCUUCAGAGUCCUUGAGAUGGUCGGCUCAACUUCGUGUCGCUCCGUCAAAUCGUCGUCUCGUUGGAGACAAGAUUACCUUGCCACAGUCUGCCCUCGAAUCACUCCUGGCUGCCGCGCCCGUGGUCUCUAUCCAGAACAACACGAAUAGACAGCGGACAUCGUCCUUCGAUCCCUUCAACCCUUAUUCAUUCGCCGCUGAGCGCCGUGCUCGCGAAGCUUUCGAAGACCGUCAGCAACAAUUACCCCAUCCUCUCACUUUCCGCCUUGUCAACCCGCACAAUGGAAGGGCAGUAUACGCUGGCAUCCGCGAAUUUUCGGCCGCCGAAGGUACGGUAGGCUUGAGCAGCGGUCUUCAAGAGGCGCUGGGCCUGCAAAAUGUCACACCUUCUGCUUCCACGACCCGGGAAGGCACUCCGGAUGGGGAUGUGGUCAUGACAAACGGGACCGACACAUCUAAGGGAGAAUUGAUAACUAUACAUGCGAAGCAAUUGCAGAAAGGCACUUUUGUCAAGCUGCGACCUUUGGAGGCUGGAUACGAUCCGGAGGAUUGGAAGUCUCUGUUAGAACGCUAUCUGCGGGAUAACUAUACCACGCUGACCCGCGGAGAGUUGCUUGUCGUGCCUGGUGCCCAUCAUGAAAGAUUUCGGUUCUUGGUCGACAAGUUUGAACCGGACGAGGAUGGCAUCUGUAUCGUUGAUACCGAUCUCGAGGUCGACAUAGAGCCUUUGAACGAGGAACAAGCGCGGGAGACUCUGAAGAAGACACUGGCAAAGAAGAACCGAGGCCAGGAGUCACCUGAAGGAAGCUCAUUAGGAGGCCCACUGAGGUUUGGCAGCGAGAUUCAAGGGAGAGUCCUACCUGGACAGUAUGUCGACUACGAAUUGACAGACUGGGACAAAACCCGGGAUCUCGAAGUUACCUUGCAGGCUUCCGACGAUGACACCAGGCUGAAUCUACUGGUUACGCCUUUCUCUGCCAAACAUCGCUCGAAGCCACGAGACGACGAGUACGUCUUCGGGGACCUCAGUGUACGACCCACCAAGAGACUGAAACUCUCGCACACAAGCGUCGACCUCGAGGCCGCCGAAGCCUUGAACGUCGCUGUGCACGCUUGGAGUAACAAGAAAGAACAUUCUCAGGAUGAAGCCCGGCCAAUCUCCUAUAGCCUUCAAAUCUCCACCCCUACGCAGGCAGAUGAUGCAGGCGAUGAGAACAGUGCGCUAUCUCCCGAGGAUGUGAUGUGCAAGAACUGCCGUCAAGUAGUUCCCAAGCGCACCCUUCCUCUUCACGAAGCAUUUUGCUACAGGAACAACAUUCUGUGUCCGAAGUGCUCGGAGGUAUUCCUGAAGAAGUCCGACGCCUGGCAAAACCACUGGCACUGUCCCCACGACGGAGAACACGGCAACGAUGCUGCUUCACACGAAAAGCACGACGCUAUCCUCCACCCACAAUCACCGUUACAGUGUCCAGAAUGUGACUUUCAAGCUUAUGACGUGCCGAUUCUGGCACAUCAUCGAACGACGACCUGCCCAGGGAAAGAAAUCUUAUGCCAAUUCUGUCACUUGGUCGUUCCUCAACAGGGCCCGGAAGACCCUUCCUUCACGGACCCGGAGGUGCUUAUGAGUGGCCUCACUCCCCAUGAGCUGGCCGACGGUGCACGGACAACAGAAUGCCAUCUCUGCAACAAGAUCGUCAGGCUCCGAGACAUGAAGACCCAUCUACGGCUUCACGAUCGCGAAAGGUUCUCCAGACCGAAGCCUAGGCUUUGCUCAAAUCGCAUUUGCGGACGAGUGAUCAAAUCCGAGGACGAGCAGAGAGUGCAGAAAGAGCAGCUUGGCUUGUGCAACGAAUGUUUCGGCCCGUUAUACGUCACAUCUUACGAUCCCGAGGGCAAGAUGUUGAGGCGAAGAAUCGAGAGGAGAUUACUUCAGCAGUUGACCGGCGGAUGUGGUAAGCCUUGGUGUCGCAACGUGGAUUUCUGCCGGACAGCGUAUAAGAAUGUCCAUGGCGAGGAUAGAGUCGUGUCCGCCAAAGAUGGCUUGGCCAUGGUCAAACCGAUCGUGAACGACAUCGCAAAUGGGACAACCACGUCAAUGGUCUUCUGCGUUGACGAAGCGAGUCAAUCACGCAGAAACCUUGCCGAUAUGAUCACGGGCGAAGGCGAAUAUGAGCUCGAGUGGUGCGUCCAGGCGCUUGAGGAGGAGAAAGGCGAUCUCGAUAGAGCACGGGAAUGGUUGAAGAACCGGGCUCCAAAGGUCGGCGAGCUGGUGUCGUGA